AAAACAAGGUACACGAUGAAUUUAACAAAAAAGGAAGAAGAGGACAAAAUCGUGAAUCAGAGAAAGAAUCGAAGCGCAUUCAUUUCUUCGCUUGUCGUCUUCGAAAGCAUCCCCCCAUCCAUCAUAUCAUGUGCUUCCCCUCCUCCUCCUCCUCCUCCUCCCUCCUCCUUCCUUAACCAACCCUCCAUCGCCGCCACCAUCUUCAUCUUCAUCUUCAUCGUCUUCCCCUUCUUGGCCUCGGCAAUCUCGAGUGCCGCCGGUCAGCUGAAUCGCUUAAGCCUUCUGGGUCUUCGAGUUUCGGAGGCGCGGGGAGCGAGGCCGGAGAUGAAGCGCCCUCUUGCCGGCGAAGACGCCAAGAUGAAGAAGAAGGUGAAGCACGACCAGGAGUUCGAGGAGGAGGACGGCGGCAGCGGUGGCGGCGCGGUCCCGCCGACCGGGUUCGCCCACCUCGACGAGAACUUGCUGUUCGAGGUGCUCAAGCACGCGGACGCCCGCACGCUCGCGAUGGCGGCCUGCGUGAGCAAGCUCUGGCACCGUACGGCCCAGGACGAGCGGCUCUGGGAGCUGAUCUGCACCCGGCACUGGCCCAACAUCGGCUGUGGUAACCAGCAGCUCAGAUCCGUCGUCCUCGCGCUCGGUGGCUUCAGGCGGCUCCACUCGCUCUACCUCCCCCUCUCCAAGCAGCAGCAGCAGCAGCAGCCCGGGUCGGCCUCCUCCAGCUCGGCUCCGCCCUCGGCUUCGGCGUGGGCGACGCCGCUGCCGCCGAUGAUGGGGGUGAAGCCGCAGACCAGGUGGGGUAAGGACGAGGUGCAUCUGUUCCUGUCCCUGCUCUCGAUUCGGUGCUAUGAGAAGAUGAAUUUCACCGGCAGGGGAAGAUGAUGAAACCCUUUUCAGGAAUCAUCAUAUUAUUGCUCUAAUGAUAAUUAUAACUGUGUAUUUUUCUAUUCUAACUUGGGUUAUUGAUUUUAUCUCUCUUAUGGGGCUCUUGGGUUUGUUCUUGUCCCUUCUUUUUCCAAUUUAUUACUUGGUUACAUUAGCCUUAGGACCUGGGGAUUUUCUUCUGAUUUCAUGUGAAAUAGUAUGGGUAUGAUGAUUUUUGUUCUUCUUUCUUCUCUGUGUAAACCUGACUAUGAAUGAAUUACAUGUUUGUUGA